GAGACGAACGGGACACUGGCUGAAUUUGGGAGGCAAGUUCGCUCUGUGAAAGCCGUUGUCCUCACCGUAUUCAACUUCAUUGUCACCGUGGUGGCCACCUUCGCCUGCACGUACCUGGGCAGCCAGUACAUCUUCGCAGAGACCGCGGCGCGCGUCCUGUCAGCAGUAAUUGUGGCCUCGGUGGUUGGCUUGGCUGAGCUGUAUGUGAUGGUGCGGACCCUUGAAGGGGACCUUGGGGAACUCUAA